AUCAGACGGAUAGAACUCUUCAAGAGAGUUGCGUGCUAGGUAGCGGGACAAAUAACCACGCAUGCACGCCGCCCAUAGCUACCUAGUACGAGCUUCCUGUGUUGCGCGCGCGGCUGCCACGACCAGACAACCUCUCAAUCUCCAUCCUUUGCCUUUUUGUUUGUUAUUUCUCUCCGAAUCAAGGACAGCAUCAUCGUCCGAAUACAUCGAGGGUCCCCUUGUCGGGCCUCUCACCCUCUGAUCCCCAAGUCAAUCCUACACCCAAUACCAUUGAUUCUGCUUACAGGUACAGUCCAAGAAGAAGGAUCCAAGAUCAUAAGAAAUAAUGAAAAAAACAAUGUUUACUUCAAAUAUACUAUAAUCUAUCCAAAAAUAAACGAUGAGUUUUUUUUUCUUUUUUUGGCUGAUUUCAGCGUCGGUUAAAUCAUUCAGAAUCGGAAACGCAAACUGUGCUACGACCCAGCUGAGCACUGAUGGCUGUCCAGAAGCUUUUGAACUUCAGUUUUCAAGGCAUCGCUUGGGUUGUUGUCGAGCUGCUUGUACUGUUGCAGAUGUCACUGCUCGCGGCCGCACAGAACGGAACAGAACUUCAAGGUCAGCAAUCGCAGGGAUCGCUCGACGGCUUCGAGUUAGACAAACGCAUAGCCCGCAUCAUGGUGAUUAUCGUAAGCGUAAUCUUCUUCCUCGGAUUUUUCUGUGUCUACGUGCGACAGUGCACUAACAGCAUCAGUCGCGGCCGCUUCGACCUCGCCAACAUCACCGCCGGCAGGAACGCCCUGCGCUCGCGCUUCGCUCGUGGACUCGGCGCGGACACCAUCAAAACCUUCCCGACAUUUUUGUACUCCACCGUCAAAGGGCUCAAAAUGGGCAAGGGCUCGCUCGAGUGCGCCGUGUGCUUGAACGAGUUCGAAGAUGAAGAGAUUCUGCGUUUGCUCCCCAAAUGCAGCCACGCCUUCCACGCCGACUGCAUCGACGCCUGGUUGGCUUCUCACUCAACGUGCCCGGUUUGUCGGACCAACCUGGUUCCGGAACCCGGAGAAAUCCCAAGUGCCGUUCUGCAUAUCCCAGAUCCGGAAAUCGAGUCUGGUCAACCCGAACAGAGAUCCGAUACCGAGGAGACGCAUGCUCACGUUGCUGAUAGUGAUAAGAGUACUAUAGAUUCAGAAGCUGCGAGUGUGAAUUUAGUGAAUCACACUCGUGGGAAAAAUCAGGACCGUCCAGUCACGGGGUCCCGAUUAACUGGAAUAUUCCAGCGAUCACAUUCGACGGGUCACUCGCUGGUUCCGCCGGACGAAAAGUACGAGAGGUUCACACUAAGGUUACCGGAAGACGUCCGGAGUCGGCUGAUAAGUUCGACCUUGAACCGUACAAACAGCUGCUUGCCCUUUCCUCGAGAACGGAGUUCCGUGAGGGGUUACCGGAGUGCCAGUGGGGGCAUCGGAAAUGGGAGGAACCACCUGUUCUACGAGCGGUUCGACAGGUCAGACCGGUGGAGAUUUACUUUUACGCCCAAUUUCAUUUCCCGGACCGGUUCGGUCCGGUCACCGAAGUCUGAUAUGGACUACGCCGGAGAACGCUCGACCGAUCGGCUCCAUCCCGAUAGUCAAGUUUAGGAGUUUGGUAUGGCUUAGGUUUGUCCCGGAGUGAUCACAUGUAAAUUUUCAUUUU